AUGUCAAAAGCCUUCACAUUGGACAGCUCUCCGCCCCUUCUCAGCCCUCCUCCUGCCCACCUCCGCUGCCCCAUCCCCAGUACAGUGGCCCAGGACAAGAGCGCAGCGAUAGAGCUUCCGUGUGGAGACUACAUUCAUGAAGGGAGAGACGUGAGUGGAGCACAGACGUCUUUCGCUUUCCUUGUUUUGAGCGCGGAUCUGGAGGGGGAACUUCAGCACUACAACAAGUACUGCUACUGCUGCGACAGGACUGCUGCUUCUGCUGCUGCUGCUGCUGCUGAGAGGGUCCCACCUGGAGGAGGACAGCUGCGCCAGAUCGUCUUCAAGCUGAGAAACUGGAUUGCUUUGACAUCGCAGGACUUAAUUUGA